AUGUUUGGACUGUGUGGACUCAUCAUUUUAUCCCAAUUACAACUUGGCAGUAAUAUCAAACUUGCCUGUUAUUUCACAAACUGGGCACAGUAUAGAACUGGGAUUGGUCGUUACUUGCCUGAGAACAUUGAUCCUUUUCUGUGCACCCAUCUGAUAUAUGCUUUUGCCAAGAUGAAUGAAAAUCACCAAAUUAUUACUGUCGAAGGAAAUGAUGAAACUCUUUACAAGCAAUUUAACGAUCUCAAACUGAGGAAUACCAAGUUGCAAACACUGCUGGCAAUAGGAGGAGCGUCGUUUGGUUCUACACUCUUUAAUAGCAUGGUGUCUACUCCGGCAAAUAGACAAGGAUUCAUCAAUUCUGUGAUUAUUUUUCUGAGGAAGCAUAGGUUUGAUGGGUUUGAGCUCGAUUGGGAGUUUCCAGGUACCACAGGAAAUCCACCAGAAAAUAAAGAACGUUUUACAGCGUUGGUAACGGAAAUAAAAGCUGCCUUUGUAAAGGAAGAAGAAACAUCAGGAAAACGUAGAUUACUGAUUGUGGCAGCCGUGGCUGCUGCUAAAGGCACCAUUGAUACGAGUUAUGAAGUGGCUAAAAUUGCUGCGUAAGUACAAUUUUUUAAGUGCAGAUAUUUUCAUGUCGUACAGUUCUUUCUGUAAUAUUAAGCUAAGACAGAGGAACAAAACUGGGUUUUGUGACCCAGCGUGGGGGGGACAAUGGACAAUGAAGGAUCCGGAGUGGGCGGACUGCCAUGAAGGAGGGUGGAUGGGGAGGGGAGGUGAGAACAUUUUAGUUAGUGAAUAGUUGAUGACUAGGUUCAUUUCAUCUCUUUGCUGAUGAUCGAGAUUAAGUCGAAGUAAUAAUUAGGUAAAUGAGAUUGAAUUUGUUGAAUUUGCACUUUCUCCCUGCAAGCGUGUGGGUUUCCUCCCACAUACCAAAGACACAUUGGCUUUGUAGGUUAACUUGUCUCUGUAAAAUUG